AUGGGCAACAGCUCCACCUCCGCAGCUAACCACGGCCAGCCGUCCCUGCCCAAGACCUCGUCAAGAUGCGUCCCGGAGAGCUUCACGGGGGCACACGAUUUCGAGCUGACGAAUUACCCACUGCUCGACGACGGCGUCGGCGUCGGCAAGUUCGUGAGCUCGAGCACGUUCAGCGUCGGCGGCUACGAUUGGGCCAUCAGGUUCUACCCAAACGGUUGGAAGGAAGGUUUCUGUGCCGGUAAUGUUUCAGCUUACAUAUACUGUGUCGAUCUAGCGGAGGGUGCGAGUGUGACAACAAAGUUCACCUUGAAUAUGUUGGAGAAAGAGGGUAAAGCAAAGGUAACCAACUACGGCAGGACAGGAGAGCACACCUUUUCUUUGCCAAUCAAUAUGUGCGGUUAUGGCAACUUCGCCGAGAAAUCCAAGUUGGAGUCAUUGUCACGAACGGCCAAUAAUGGGAACUUCAUUAUAAGGUGUGUUCUCACCGUGAUAAAAGAACCCCGCACCGAGAGGAGCGACCUGAUUGUCUUGGUUCCCCAGACGAAUCUGGCAGGCCAUCUCGGACGGAUGUGGAAGGAUGAACAAGGAGCAGAUGUGACAUUCAGCGUUGGGGGCCAAUUGUUCAGUGCCCACAGGUUCUUGCUGGCUGCAAGAUCUCCCGUUUUCAAGGCUGAACUCUUUGGUCCAAUGAAGGAGAAGUCAGCACAGCUCAUCAAGAUCGAUGACAUCGAGCCUCCAAUCUUUGAGGCGCUCCUUCACUUUGUGUACACAGAUUCCAUGCCAGAUGAUGAGCAUUGCAAAGAAGGCAGAACUGAAAAACUCCAGCACUUGCUAGUUGCCGCCGAUCGAUACGGACUGGACAGGUUGAAGGUGCUUUGUGAAAGCGAGCUAUCUAAGAGCAUUGACGCGAAGACUGUCGCGACAACAUUGGUUUUAGCAGAGCAACACCAUUGUAAGGUUCUUAAAGAAGCUUGCCUUGAGUUUAUGGUUCCACCGAAUGUGCUACGAGCUGUCAUGGCAACUGAUGGGUUCAGGCACUUGCUAGCAAGCUGUCCUUUGGUCACGAUGGAGAUACUGGACAAGAUGUGCCGUAGUGAGUAGUCCCUUUGAGAGGUUAAACAAUCACAUGCUUAAUUUAUUAUGAUGCUUAAUUAAUUACAUGUACUUUGUACUUUAAUUA